UAAUCAGUGAUUUGAACACAUUUAGGAAGGAUGUGACAAAUAAUAACUGAAUCCUAUGUCAUAACUGAACGUGUGAUCCACCCAAAACUUCAAAGUGAAUCGAGGGACCCUGUAUGUAAACUUUUUUUUUCCUCCCUCUCGAACCUCCCUCCACAUAGCUCUCCUCCACUCAUUUCUCCCCUCGUAAUGUGGGAGACUUAUGAGAACUCUCUUUACACUUGAAAAGACGUUCAAAACUUUUGGUUUUUCCCUGUCUGGAAGAAGAAAAAAAAGGCGGGGCGAUAGAGUCAACAAGAUUGAGAGAGGGAGAGAGAAUUCCUUUUGAACAUUUCAUAACUUGCAAAGACCUGAGGGUCCUCGAACUGAAGACUUUUAAUUGAAUAGCCUGAAAGGAAAACAUCUUUGAUCUUCGCCAUCUGCUGUGAGGUCGUCGCUGGAUUGUCGGGAUUAAUCCAAACGUCAAUCUAACGACAGACGAAAACUUCCUGAUAGAACCAAGGGUCCUGGCCACGUUAACACAUCCACACACAGCUAAUAGAAAAUAUCUGCACCCGCUCAAGACGCAUAUACACAUAUACACACACUCACACGCACUCAUAAUAAACCUAUCAUGACAAUCUUACCGAAAUCCGACGCACGAUAAGGAGUCGAGGAACCACGCAGGUCCUUCGACGUCGAGGAGGACCGAGGCACAAAGACGGGGGCUUCGCGUCCCUCGAGAAGCGGGUGUGAUGCACGUCGAGGCAGCGUCGAGGACGACCCUCGCGACGUCGGUGUGACGUGCAGUCCCUGCUUGCCCCCCUCCCCCUUCCCUCACCCGUCGCCGCUUCCGACGAAGCCCCGGUGCGUUCUUUAGGUGAUGGGGAGACGGUGGGCGUACUGGGUGUGGCUCGUGAUAAGAACAUGGGCGUGGUGGGUGAUAAUGUGCGGGCGGGCCGGCGCUGAUAGCUCUCCCUUCCCGGGGCGACCCACUCCGGGCACCCCCCCUGCAGCUGCGGCCGUCGCGGGGAAACUCGAGGGAAAGGCAGCGGCUGAUACGUUAGCCAACAACAACAACAACGUGAGACCCAACGUCGUGGCGGAGGUUCCUGGCAUCGAUGUCGGUCCGCUCGUGGCCGUGACCGUCGCCCUGGGAGACACAGCCAGGCUCCCUUGCAGACACCCACAGCCUCUCAAUGACACGCUGAAUCUUGUGCUCUGGUAUCUCAACCAUACAUCUCGGCCCUUCUUGAGCUACGACGCGCGCGCGGGGAAAGACCACCGCUUCCCGGCCCUUUUCAACGGAAGUGGAGGAGGCGGCGAAGGAGGGCGAGAGGGAGAGGACCUCGCCAGCAGCAGGAUGAGGCUGGAGGAAGGAGGGACGUCGCUAGUGGUGGAGGACGUGCACAAGGAGGACGUGGCGGAGUACCGGUGCCGAGUCCACUACCGCCUCUCGCCGACAUGGACGCAGAGGCUCCUGCUCACCGUGCCAGCACCCUGGUUGACUGAAAAUAUUCCAGACGGAUAG